AAUACCAACCGGAAGUGUCCUUCAUUUUUCAGGCUGGCUGCAUGAGCAUGAUCCUGUGUGUUCUGGAUAAGGGGGUGCAUGGGUGAAACAUGGCCGACCCAUCGGAGUCUCCCAAACGACAGAAAUCCCCUGCGGAGGAGGUGGACACAUCUGGGGGGAAGACUGAAGCAGAGUCGGGAUGCAGCUCAAAUCAGAAGGAUGAAGAGACGCACACUGAUCCCACAGAGAACCCCCAUACUGAGCAGAGAACCAGCGUGGGGAGAGACUGUAGUGCCAGCCAUCCUGAGGUUAGUAUCGAGUCCGGGGCUGGAGACGGGAAAAAGACAAGUAAUCCAGUAGAGGACCUAACGUCGGCGGAAAAAAUGGCCGAGGCUCGUGUAAACGACCAGCGGGCUUACGAAUGGUCCGAAACGGAAGACUACGAUACAGAGGAGAAAACACACAUGGAUGCAGAUGAGAAGAAGUCUGACCCCAAAAACGUAUCAGAGAGUGCUGGAGAGCUGCAGCAAGAUACACAUGUAGAGGAUCAUAUUACAAAUAAUGCUACUGAGGCGAAAACAACCCCCGAUGAGGAGAAGCGACUGGCUGAGGAACCGGUGGAAGACUUUAUCAAGACAGAGGAUGUAAUUGAAGAAGAUGAAGAGGCAGAACAAGAAGAUAGUGCUAAUUUGACAGCUAAGCCCAAAAAGUGCCGUUUGGAGUGCAAAGAGUGCGGCCAGAGGUUCACCAGGCGUGAGACCUUCAACCUUCACCGACACUUUCACGCACACGAGGAUGAGCUCACUCCGCUCACCUGUAAAGAAUGCGGCCUUACCUUUCAGCACCGCAGCAGCCUCAUCAAACACAAAAUUGAACACAAAGAGAAGGAUGAACAGCUUGCUUCUCCAAAAAAGGAGGAGGGUAAAUUUAAAUGUGCAGAAUGUGAGAAGGUGUUCUCCUCAGUGGAUAAGCUGAGGGACCACAACUGCAGCAUUGCCGCAGAAAAGCCUUACCACUGCCCCCUUUGCCGCCAAGAGUUCCAGUUUAAGGUGUCUGUCACCAAGCACAUGAUGCUCCACUCCUGUGAUAGCAUCUUUACAUGCCAAGAGUGCAGCCAAACUUUCCCAGACAGCAUGGCACUGCGCUACCACCAGCGAUCUCACACCGCCCUGAAACCCUAUGAAUGCCCAGAAUGCGGCUUGGUUUUUAAACACUACUCUGUCAUGGAAGAUCACCGUCGCAAGCACACGGAUAACACACGCUCUCAUCUGUGCAACAUCUGCGGCAAGACUUUCAAGUACAGCAGCCUCCUCCAUCAACAUCAGUAUCUGCACACAGGCCAGAAGCCCUUCCGCUGCCCUGAAUGUGGUAAAACAUUCGCCUUUGCACAAAACAUGAAGGCACACUGCCGCCAGCACAGACUGCGCCAAAACAACUCUUCAACUGAGCAGCCCAGCAACACUGCGUCCACACAGGAGGCAGGUAGAGGGCCGGGUAAAGAGAACACACACCAGAGCGAGGAACAAAAACGCACAUUUAACUGCCCCCUCUGUCCCCUGACAUACUUAAUACCAGCUAACCUGAGAGCCCACAUGCUUAUUCACGAGGCCGAGUAUGAAACGCUGGAGAGAACCCCCAGACACCCAAAGGAGAAGAGCAAGCAUUGGGAAAAGGGAUACACCUGUCCCUACUGCCCAAGCACUUUUCGUGAGAAAGUCAGUUUAAACUUUCAUAUUUUGAGUGGACACAAGUCUAUACCACAUCAUAUACAAAAGGUGACAACACUGCCUCAAAUCCAAUCUACUCCAUUAAGCAGUGAUAAUGUACAGGGGAAAAGAUCAAGUGAUGGUGAAAUCAACAAGUUGUUCAAGUGUUUAGAGUGUGGAAAAACCUUCCGCCACUCCUCAGUGUUAGAUCUGCAUAUUCGUGUACAUUCCAAGGACAGGCCUUACAAGUGCAGAGUGUGUAACAAGGGCUUUAGAUUUAGUAGCUACUUACAGCAGCAUCUCAUCAUCCAUACAGGCGAGAAGCCAUACACAUGUCCAGACUGCGGAAAGGACUUUGCUUUCCUGCAGAACAUGAAAACACAUCAAAAGCUACAUCAGGAAAAACCGUUCCGCUGCACCAGCUGCCGCAAAGGCUACAGCGACGAGACCCAACUGCAGCAUCAUAUGUUAUCACACAAUGGGGACAAACCUCACAAGUGUAACCAGUGUGACAAGAGCUUCGGGUUAGCCUAUCUUCUCCGGGAUCACAUGAACACACACACAGGGGAGAGACCUCAUCGAUGUGACGAGUGUCACAAAACUUUUUCUUGGUUUAGCAGCCUUCUAGUACACCAGAAGAUACAUUCUCGCAAACGCCAGGGUUUAAACCAGUAUAAUUCUUUCCCAAUGGGUGCUAGGAUUAGAGGCAGGGGUGGAAGGGGUAGCAGCGGAAGGAGAGGGGGGAGGCCCUUGUUGGGCUGGUCCCGACCUUUAGGGAGCUCUGGGCCUCAGCUGUCUCCUUAUUCAGUUUCUGCACUGAGGGAUGCCGAGUUGCACAGCAGGACGGUCGAGCCACAGCAGUCAAUGCUCCCGUCACACAUGGAUGUACAAAGUAGAGCGCAGAAGGACCCGUGGCUGCCAGAGCUACGCCCACAACCGGUGCAGUGGAAGGUGGAUGGUGGAGAGGUUAUGCCUGUACCGCAGCAGCAACACGCAGAACCUCAGCAGAACCAGUUUGACAGUCCAUCAAAGCUGGGUCUGCAGCAGCACCACCAUCAGAGAGGUCCGGGCUGGCCCGAUAGCCCCCUGAUAACUCAGUCAGGCACCACAUCUGCUCUGAGUUCAGAGUCAUCUCACAUGAAAAACAGUGCACCUGCUAUUGUCAGCUCCCACAUGGCAGCUGUGCCAAAAAAAUCCAGCCCUUCCACAGUGAGUGAGAUCGAGCAACAAAGGCUGCCCAAGCCCGUUACUUGGAGUAGCCCGCCCACCUCAACAGUGCUGGCUUCCACAAGCUCUUUGCAACAUGAUUUUUGUACUCCGUUGUCUUAUGUAGAUGGCGCUGCGCUCUGGAGCAUCAGACCUGCUCUUCUGGCAAAUUCACGAGGCUCUCCAAAUAAGCUGGGUCAAGAGCUUCAGCUGCCAAGAUGGGCAGGUGUCCCAGUGUCAAUACAACAAGAGCCAUCCACACAUACUAAGAAAGAGGACACUAGAGUGUGGGAACUUAGUAAUCCUCAAGUUAUACCGUCGACUGUUAUUCAUCCAGAGAAGCCAUGGAAUGGCUCUGAGCUGCCAAAGCAGUGGGUUUCAGGCUUACCAGGUGUCUCCACCUCAGCUCAAAUAGACCAAAGCAGUGCUAUGCCAAUUUCAACUCCUGUUUCCCAUGGAGUAGGUAGCACUUUGUGGGACUUACAGACACCACCAGGAAUUCCAAAGACUAUAAACCCUGAAAAAUUAGUAAACGCUCAAGAUUUUCAAAAGCAGGUGUCAUCCGCCUGGGCCAAUGUGCAGAGUCUGACAACGACACAAAAGGUUCCCCUCACUAUUCAAUACGAGCCUCAUCGUUUUGGCCAGGGUUUGGGAACCCACGUAUGGGGCUUCCAAAGUAAUCAGACGCUGCUCACUGGGCAAUCUAAACCAGGAAAUGGACCGGAGCUGCAGCAACAGCCAAUGGUAACAGCCACUCAAAUAAUCAUAAAUCAGCCUUCUCCUUUUUUCUCAGCUCCCCUUGCUCCGCUCCCUCCUCUCGCUCUGCCUGGCCCACACCCUCUUCACUCUGUCGCAGUUGGCUCACUCUCAAGACCUCCACACCCUAAUAUUUUUUUUGCACCACAGGCAGUAAUGAGCGAGAGGCCACACAUGCCACAGACAUUGCCCCUACCUCAGCUCGCCACACGGACAGAAACUCACAAGCUUGGCUCCCGUUUGCCUUUUGCCCAAGAACGGCUUCUCCAGUGCAUGAUAUGCGGGUGUUCUCUUCCCCGGGAACUGGAUCUACAAAUGCAUUACAUGCAACAUGCACAAGGAGACAUUUGACAGUUCAAUACUACCAAUAGUUCUGAUUUUCUUUUAAAAUAAUUUUCAUUUUCUGGAACCUCAUUUAUUUGACCAUCACUUGUGCUGUUUUAAUAAUUGAGCGGAUGGGCAUUAGAUAAAAACAAAAUGAAAGUGAAUCUUGAUUUGGUAUCCACACUGAAUUCAUGGUGAAAUAUUUGUUGCUCCAAAUAAGCUUGCACAGCGUUGUCUGUGAUAGGGGGUGUAUACUAGUGCCAUUAAAAUUAGUUUCACUGUCUUUUAAAUGCAUUUGUUGUUCAAAUGUUUAACUGGUUUGAGCAACUUCUGAGGGUAGCAGAUACAUGAGGUUCUACAUUUCAUUUGUUGCCAAUGACCUUUUAGAUUUAGAUAAUAUUAGUACUUUUAAGGCUAGUGUCAUAUGCUUGAACCAUUUGAACUGUGUUUCUUCAUGUACAGUAUACUGUGUGCCUUUUUAUGAGUACAGUCUGCAUGUCUGCUGUCUUGGUAUUUAAGGCCUAGUUUGUGCUUAAGGUUGGCUCAGCAAUGUGACCUCACUCCAAAAACACAGAGCAACUCUUUCUUAUAGUAAAGAAAUGUAAGUUUUUGCAUUUGAGGAGGAGGGGAUUGGGAUGAUGGACAGCUUGAUGGUUAUGAGCUGGGUCCAAAUAUCACAUAAGUUAAGUUUUAAUCAUGACAAUUUGGUCAAGUGAUUAUUGGGAAAACACAGAAAAACUUGUCAUUACAAAAAUAUUGAAAAAACAGUUGUGAGAUAGUGACAGAAAAAAAAUCAAACAUAAAUGUGUGUGAUUUUUAGUCAAUAUAUCACUAUGACAAGACAAACAUUACACUGACAAAUAUAAUGUAUAUUCUGCUCUGUGCAAUCAGCCCAGUUGAAUUCAGCUUAUUUCUGACAAUGUUUCAGGACUGGUACACUUUAUAAUAAGACUUUAAACAGAUUCUGAAUAGCAGUAGCACCUACUGUUGAGUACCAUGUAAUGUGUAUCUCUUACCAGAAUGACUAUUUCAAAUUGGAAUGUAACCGCAUUUAUAAAAUUAGGUCCACUUUUGAGUACAAUGCAAUGUAUUUUUUGUGAAUACUGAAUGAUAUUAUUCCAUUACUAGAGAUUUAGCUGAUUACAGAAUCCCAUCCCCACCAUUGUGAAAAUGGGCAUUUGGUUGGUUUGGUGGCCCAAAAAGUCUGAAAAUCUUCAUAACUACUGUAAAAUAAACACAGUCCAUUUGUACAAAAAAAAAUAACCUGUUCCUGUGCGUUUAAACAUUCAAUGUCUUUCAAACACAUGUGCCCUUCUACCUCUAUCCACUGUUUUAGCAUGGAAAGAAUUAGAAUUUUCCCAUGAUGUCUACAUAUUGGAUUAAAUAAAACCUGCCUUUUACUACAA